AUGGAGACGCGUCUCCACCUCCAUGCGUUGGCGAUCCUUCUGGUCGUCUCGGCGCGGCCUCCCUCCGUCGCCGGCGGGCUCUGCCGCGACAGCUGCGGCGACGUCCCGGUGCGCUACCCGCUGGGCAUCGACGACGGGUGCGGCAGCCCGUACUACCGCAACAUGCUGACCUGCGCCGACAACACCACGCUCCGCCUCCGCACCCCGUCCGGCACGUACCCGGUGUCCGGCGCCGACUACGCGGACCCGCACCUGGUGGUGACGGACCCGUCCAUGUGGACGUGCGCGCGGCCCUUCACCUCCGUCCACGCCGCGCCCUUCAGCCUGGACACCAGCACCCGCUUCUCGCUGUCCCCGAGGAACGACCACCUCUUCUUCAACUGCGACGAGGAGCGCGUCAUCGUGGCGCCGCGGCCGGCGAUCUGCGACCGGUACCCGGACCGGUGCGACUCGGCGUGCGACAGCGCCGGGUACCUGUGCCGGAACCUGCCGGGCUGCCGCGGCGCGCUGGAGGAAGGGAACAUGAGCUGCUGCGCGUACCGGCCCCGCGCGGCGGAGUCGCUCAGGGCCAUGCUGCGGCACUGCGAGGCCUACACCACCGUGUACUGGCGCGCGGUGGGCGACAAGUUCCCGCCCUACGACCAGGUGCCGGACUACGGGGUCCGGGUGGACUUCGAGAUCCCGGUCACCACGCGAUGCCUACUGUGCCAGGACCGGCGCCGCGGCGCCAACGGCACCUGCGGCUUCGACCCCGCCACCAGGGACUUCGUCUGCAUCUGCGACGGCGGCCGGAACUCCACCACGGACUGUGCAGAUGGCCGCGUGACAGGGCAUGGAGCAUCAGCCGGAGUGGUAGCUGGUGCGAACUGCGAACCACCACUCAAAACCUCACUCGCACUUUCCAUUACUUGA